UAUAUAAAAACACCAUGAAACGACACAUUUUUGGUCGAGUCAAACGCUUGUGGAUUCUGCUCUCUUAUAUAUUUUUUGGCUGAUUUGGCGGAAAUUAUCUGGAUGCUUGCCGUGACCUUUUGGGGGACCGCAUCGGGAAUUAAACGACAGCUGCAGCGUAAUAAAUAUUUUGUAAUGGCGAUGGACCUGUUUAGUGGGUGUGUGGAUUUGGCGGGCGGUGUUGUUCCGCCGGGACUCAUUGAACGGUCGUCAUCCUUUAGCGAAUCGUCCAACAAUACUCAGGAAGUUCGUAAGGAGACAAAGAAAUCGCUUAGUUCAUUAAGCCGUUUGGCCCACCGCUCGUCCUGGUUUACCGGCACGCCUUCCAACCCGCCUCGAACUGAGCUUCGUGUUCCCUUUUUACCAACUGAAAAUUUUGUUUCCCCGAAAGAAAUGGAAGAGCACUAUCAAUACGCAACAGCAGGACCGUCCUCCGUGGGGCGAUCCCUGUACAAUAUGGAUGCUGAAGCUGAGUUCCACGAGAAACGGAAUGACUGGACAGCUGGUGACCCGCGUGAUACACCCUUGACGAAUCGCCCCAUGAUCUUUCCGUUAAUAUUUUAGUAUUUCUAUGGAUCAAACUUGCCCUUGAAUACAUCCUGUGAUUAGUAUUAUACGUAGCACAAUAAAUUAAUGAUAUGUAAAUUAAAAGGUAUUAAGCAUAGAAAAAGAAGAUUAAAUACAAUAAUUAUGUUAUACUGCUGCAAAAUUGCGAAAUAAAUGUGCACCAUAUAAAUCUACAGACAUUUAAAACUGUUGUAUUAAUACUUGCGUGUG